GGCAAUUUGCUUUGUAAGCUAAAUUGUACGGAACUUAAAAACAGACAGUUUCAGUCAGUACUCUUUUUCAUUGAAACCAGAGACGAAUAUGAACAACUCUCUUUAUAAUGGCAAUGAUACAGCAUCGGAGGACUGGUCAACUGCAGGGAACACCAUAGCCUGCGUGAUCCUGAGUGUGUCAUUCUUUGUGGGCACACCUGGAAACCUGCUGGUGGUGUGGACCAUCUUGAAGCAUGUGAAACAGCGAUCACAUAUAGUGCUGCUCAUCCUCCAUCUAGCAGUCGCAGACCUUCUAGUGCUGAUCACUCUGCCACUUUGGAUCUACUCGCUGGCUCAUUCAUGGGUGUUCGGAGAGGCCACCUGCAAAAUCAUGACUUACAUCAUCAGUGCUUGUAUGUACAGCAGCAUCUUCCUCAUCACCAUCAUGAGUGUGGAGCGCUUUCUGGCUGUCAGGUACCCCUUAAAGAUGCUGUAUUGGCAAAAUAGGACAUCCAUGUUCAGAAUACUGGUAGUGACUUGGAUCCUAUCAUUCAUUUUGGGAACUCCAGUAAUCUUGACCCAGUAUGUAGAUGAUGAUGAUGGUGUAAAACACUGCUUGUACCAGGAGUACAACUCUGUGCCAUUUGAAGUCUUCUAUUUGUGUUUGGAGACUCUGCUUGGCUUUAUCAUUCCCUUUGUCACACUCACAGUCUGCUACUGCCAAGUUGCAUCAAGGCUUCAAAAGUUGCGUUUCAAGAGAAAGCAGAAAUCCAUCUUCCUGAUUGGGGGAGUGGUAAUGGCCUUCAUUUUGUGUUGGUUACCCCACCACAUCCUCAAUGUCUUAGGUAUAGUGCAUCUUUUAGUAGGACAAUCAGUUUUAAAAUUGUCCAAUCAGGACAAUUUUACAACUUGUUGCCAUGAAGAUGUAAUGUCAGCAAACCCUAAAAUGGCUGUAAUAAUUACGAUUUAAACAACUUUACAGCUCAAAUAAUACACAAGUUUUAACAGAGGAAUAAAUGUGGUGCUUUAUAAAAUUAUAAGCUUCACAUUUCUGUCUUUAAACCCUCCAAGAAUUGCCCCUAUUCACUUCCAUUGUAAGUGCCUCACUGUUACCUCAAUUGUUUUCUUUUUUAAAUGAAAAGCACAGACGAGUCAUAAUUAUUUAUUGUGGUAAUCAGUACUAUCCCACAAAUGCUGUCGAUUGAGCUGAACUCUUACUGAAUCCGGAAUAUUCUUUUAAACUCUUUAGAGGUUUCGAUCAUUUUUAUGGUUUAUUUUUUAUGAUGUUUUUUUUUUUUUAAUCCAAUAUUUCCCCACUACAAAGAUGUGAUUUUUCUUAAAGUUCUAUAAAAAUCUAGAAUAUUUGUAGUGCAAUGCUUAAAAAUGUUACCAAAAAAUGUCUGAAUGUCCAAUACAUGACUGAUUUUGUUGCCCUCCUAAUACAAAGGUAUGGACAAAUACAAGCGCAGUCAUACACUUUACUGUAUCAAUCUUACAUAUGUUAAAUCCCUCCCUUAUUCAGAAAAAAAUGUAGGCUAAUCUUGUAUGGGAAAUGUAAAUGUUUCUUGUUCUGUGCUUUAAGAAAUUGGUCAAAAAUGCACAUGUAGGUAAUUUGACUGAGCUCAGUGAGUUGGAUGUCAUUUUCCAGGAAAUGAUCUUACUGCUGAUGGUGUAUUACACCAUUUUUAAUUGAGUCAUUCCAUAAAAUCAAUGAAUUUUGUGCCCCUCAUUAACUUAUGUGUAAACAAUGAUUUUAGCAAUAAAUAACUAAUGCCAACUUUUACAAUGUGUUGUUAUAGCAAAAAUCAUCAAAAAAUCCAGUAACUUUAUUUUAUUUUUAAGUGUUUUUUUUUUUUUUUUUUUUCAUCAUCUUUCUUAAUGAGGAUUCAAUCUGUCCUGUCCCCAGCCCUGUAUUUCCAAAUUCUCCUUGGGAAUUAGCAGAUAUACACAUUUUGAUUGAA